CCCCCGCCCCAGGCGGUAGCGGCGGCAGCGGCAGCGACAUGAGCAGCGGGGCGGCGUCCGGGACAGGGCGGGGGCGGCCCCGGGGCGGGGGGCCGGGACCCGGGGACCCCCCACCCAGCGAGACACACAAGCUGGUGGUCGUGGGCGGCGGCGGCGUGGGCAAGAGCGCGCUGACCAUCCAGUUCAUCCAGUCCUACUUCGUGUCUGACUACGAUCCCACUAUUGAAGACUCCUACACCAAGAUCUGCACCGUGGAUGGCGUCCCGGCCCGGCUGGACAUCCUGGACACCGCAGGCCAGGAGGAGUUCGGUGCCAUGCGAGAGCAGUACAUGCGCGCCGGCCACGGCUUCCUGCUGGUGUUUGCCAUUAAUGAUCGGCAGAGUUUCAACGAGGUGGGCAAGCUCUUCACGCAGAUCCUCCGAGUCAAGGACCGAGAUGACUUCCCCAUCGUGUUGGUCGGGAACAAGGCAGAUCUGGAGACACAGCGUCAGGUUCCCAGAUCCGAAGCCUCGGCCUUCAGCAACUCCCACCACGUGGCCUACUUCGAGGCCUCGGCCAAACUGCGCCUCAACGUGGACGAGGCCUUUGAGCAGCUGGUGCGCGCCGUCCGGAAGUUCCAGGAACAGGAGCUCCCACCCAGCCCGCCCAGCGCCCCCAGGAAGAAGGACAGGAGCUGCCCCUGCAUCCUCCUGUAGGGAGGGGACGGGAGCAACAGGCACGGGCUCUUGGGACCACAUGCCCUCGCCGAGCUUGCCCUCCGGGCCUCCCAGGACACACUACACCCCCACCUGGCCUCCUCCGGGCCACCACCACAGCCAUCACCACCGUGUGCCUUCUGCCACCGCCUCCCAUCCCGCCCCAGCCCCUGGGUGAGGGCUCCCGGGCAUCCGGAUCACUGCUGUACAUAACCUCCUCCCCCAGAGAAAUAAACAUCACUCACUGCCCA